CCGGAGGGAGACAGGAGGGCACAGGACAGCAUGUUUACAGCUACUUACUGUCUUAUUAGCUGUUGUGAACGAGCCUCACGCUGUAUUUGAUUUAAUCGGACACACUUAACUCGUCUGAAGGACGUCGACGAGAAUGUUUCUGUGCCGCACAGGGAGGCUGUCUGCAGCGGCUCUGGAUCACGCUUUCAAGUCGCCGGGCUCGUUUCUAGUGCAAGUCAAAGCAAACAGACUGAGGGACGUCACUCUGACAUUACGCAAAGGCCACAAGUCUCUGUGGUGCCGGUCUCUCUGUGUCGAUUCAACACUUGCGCACCUGGGGAAACAACAAGCGGACCCGCAUCCUGUCCAGAACUGGGAGUCGUCGUCUGGUUUUGUAUUCACGGACUGGGGACACUGGGACCGGGUGGCUACAAUAGCGACGAAUCUCUCCAAAAGCGUGCCGAGUGAGAGCAGUAAUUUAGAUAUCAUCAAGACGCUGUUCGUGCAUGAAAAAAAGCGCUACAGCAGUAGGGGGGAGGCGGGGGGUAAUGUUUUGUUUACAGGUAACUGGGGGGUUUCCAGUCGACGCUGCUCAACCAGGACCAUGCACACCAGAGCUUCAUCCACAGCUGCAGCCGCGAAGAAGAGCGACGCCGGCGAGGAGCAGACCACUGGCAGCAACAAAGGGGAUGAGCUGAAUUUAAAGGACGCUUCUACUACCUCCUCAUCUACUGAAAAGGCCCCAGGGGAAGCCGAGCCAGAGGGAGGGAAACCCAGCAAGACCCAGCAGCUAAAGAAAGUCUUCAAGGAGUAUGGAGCAGUGGGAGUUUCCUUUCACAUCUGCAUCUCCCUCAUGUCUCUUGGAAUGUUCUACCUCCUUAUAUCCAGUGGGAUCGAUAUGGCGGCCGUGCUCUGCAAAGUGGGCUUCAGCGAGGCAGUUGUUCGCUCUAAAAUGGCAGCAGGGACCAGCACGUUCGUCCUGGCCUACGCCAUCCACAAGCUCUUCGCUCCGCUACGCAUCAGCAUCACUCUGGUGUCCGUGCCUCUCAUCGUGCGCUACUUCAGAAAGACUGGUCUCUUUAAACCACCCACACCUGCACCCUGAUGACCCUCCUUUGCUCCUCUGCUGCCUCAUUAAGCAACAAACAUCCAGACUGUUAAUGGUCAUAAUUAAAAUGCCUGUAUAUAUUAUUAUGCCUUCUGUAUAUAUAAUUUGCCUUCAGCUACAAACGCCUCAUCUUUUCACAUUUGCAUUUGUGAAUGCAGGUUAAAUGUUUCCUACAUUAGUUCCUGUUGUGACAGAAUAAGAAGUGUUAAAGUGUUUCUGUAUGAUUUUUAAAAAAAGGAAUAAGUGUAACGGCCCGCCAAACACCAGUGUAUUUGGAGUUGGGUCUUAAUGUACAUUUCAAAAAAGCAGAGACAAAAAAAGCAGAAAAGCUCAUAUAUUUAUAAACAAUCAGAAGUAUGGUCAGGGAUUUUAAGUUUCAGUCCUAAGCUCUUUCAGUAGGCAGGUUUUUCUCUUGGUGCUGUGAAGGUUCCCCACAGGGACAAGUGGAAAAAGCUGAUCUCUCCUCCACUGUUCCCUGAUAGCUGACUAGGCCAUGUUCUGGUGUUAAUGUGAAUCAGCAGAAUAAUUCAGGUUCUCUCUGUCUCCUACCUCUCUCUAUCCCUUUCUCUCUCCUUACUUAGCUCAGACCCUCUCUCUCCUCUCUCGUAUAC